AGUACUCUAAAGACAAAACUGGAAUCCACGAAGGGCUGGCUGAGAAGUUUUGAGAGUGAAAUAUUCACAGCCAUUAAGAGACCUCCAAUUUAAUUUCUCAUCAUGCUUAUUCUGUAGUUCACAUUAAGUCCAGAGUACAGAAGGAACUGAACAAAUGGACUUGUAGACAUCAGAUAGCUGGCUAUGGUGUUGGCCAUGGCAUCUAAGGAUGCUCAGAACUUCUUCCAACCUUUCUCUUCCUGGAUAUCUCGGCUUUAUGAAGCUCUCCAGCAAGCAGGAGAUACCUUAUCUGCUUCGCUGGUUAACUUAAACAAACAAGACUCUAAAUUGAGUGACAAGCUAGACCAGGACUUAGAUGAUAUUCAGAUUCAGGAAACUUACUUUGAAGAUGAAGAACAUGGCAAUACUUGGACUCAAGAGGAUGCAAAUUCCUUGUUUUUUGAAGUGGAUCAUUUUUCCUGUUGUAAUAGUGAUUUGCAGGACUCUGCCCAAAGUUCAAGUCCCAGACUUAGCCAACAUGCAAAGGACUCAUGUUCUAUAAUAUCCCAGUGGCCCAAUCAGACCUUUGAUGACCAAAUGCCACCACAUGUGCUUUCUUCUAUUGCUGAGGAAGAACAUCACCUUGAAAAGCAAAGGAGUGGCCUUCAACACGGCUUUGACAGCCAGCUCUCUGGUACUUUAGAAAAUAUUAAUGGAAAAAAGCAAGUUAACAGCUUUGGAGAGGAUGAAGAACUGUCCACAUCUUCCGACAGUGACGAGGAGGUGAUCAAACAAUUUGAAAUUUCGGUGUCCCGGUCCCAGAGUUUCCGAUCAGGAGCUUCUGAGAAAGGAAAGCAGACAGGAUUGGAGCAGAAACCAAAAUUCAGCCGCUUACUAUCAACCCAUGAAGAAGAUAGCACUGAAGUGUCUGCCUGUGAAGAUUUGGAUGGAGCCAGCCGGCUGAGUUACUCUGAGAACCUGUCUUACAGUGAAGAUGGCCCCAUCUCUGCCCACUCCCGGUCCAUAUGUGAGAAGGCGGAUGCUCGGCGCCAUGACACAUCUUCCCCGGAGAGCAGUGUGGUCCGCAGUCUCAGUCGCCAGUCCACCGAGGGCAGCUUGGACACUGAGACAGCUUUUAAUAGCCGGGGCUUUGAAGACUCAUAUGCCACAGACAGCUCCUCUGCGUGGAGUCCAGAGGAACAUGAUGGGACCAAUUUUCAGGUACCAUCUGGGGUCCCAGAGCCCAUCUCAAAAUGUGGGGACCUAGAUGUCAUCUUCGAGUAUAGAGCUCCCAGUCAAAAACUCACAGUGACCAUCGUGAGAGCACGGGGCCUCCCAGAUAAGGACCGAAGUGGUGUCAACUCCUGGCAAGUCCAUGUAGUGCUGCUACCCAGUAGGAAACAGAGGGGAAGGACAUGCAUACAGAGAGGGCCCAACCCUGUUUUCAAGGAGAAGGUCACCUUUGCCAAGCUGGAACCCAGAGAUGUGGCCGCCUGUGCUGUCCGCUUCCGCCUGUAUGCUGCCCGCAAGAUGACCCGUGAGAGAAUGAUGGGAGAGAAGCUGUUCCAUCUCAGCCACCUGCACCCAGAAGGGGAAAUGAAAGUGACUCUGGUCCUGGAGCCAAGAAGUAAUAUCAGUAGUGGAGAGUCUCCGCUCAGCCCAUCUGCAGUUUCUCACAGUGAUAGUGCUUCAUCCACACAGUCGCUGUCUCAUGGAGGGGCGCCAGAGCUGCUGGUGGGGCUCUCCUAUAAUGCCACAACGGGGCGAUUAUCUGUGGAAAUGAUCAAAGGCAGCCAUUUCCGAAACCUCGCUGUUAACAGAGCGCCUGAUACAUACGGAAAACUCUUUCUACUCAAUUCUGUGGGUCAAGAGAUGUCCCGCUGCAAGACAUCCAUCCGACGUGCUCAGCCCAAUCCUGUCUACAAGGAGACCUUUGUUUUCCAGGUGGCUCUUUUCCAGCUCUCUGAUGUCACAUUGAUGAUUUCCAUUUAUAACAGGCGUACUAUGAAGCGUAAAGAGAUGAUUGGUUGGAUUGCUCUUGGCCAAAACAGUAGUGGAGAGGAGGAACAAGACCACUGGGAAGAAAUGAAGGAGACCAAAGGUCAGCAGAUCUGCAGAUGGCACGCCUUGCUUGAGUCCUAGGUGUGCUAACAGGUAUUUGUGAUCUCCAUGCACCCUGGUGGCUCAUGUUGUCAACAACUGAUGCUGACUCAGCACAUACUUUUUAAAGUCAGGUUUUCAAAUAGGCAUUGGAGUCUACUAGCUCCUAGGACAUUCUUGGAGAUAACUUAAAUUUCUCAAAAGUUUGAUUUGGGCUUAAUUGUUGUAAUAAAAAAAAAACAACCAUGCAUACAUAGUCAAGUAUAUUCUAUGGAAAAUGUUACCAUAGUUGUGAACAGUGAUGAUGAGUUAGUUUGUGUUCAUAAGUUAUGGAGUUUUGGUUCAGGCUAUGGAAUGAAGCUUCUCCUGCUGUCUCUGUUCACUUGGAGAGUACCCUGAGAUUUUCAGGGAGCUUUUAAAUGUUACUAUUUGCAGCCAUUUAUUUGUGUGAAUCAGACUUUAAUUAUAUGUGCAAAGAAUUCUUAAAUACAGAAAUGAAUCAGAUGUCCAGGCUCAUAGAAGAAUGUGAUUACCAUUAAUAAUACCCUACUUCAUUUUUUCUCUUUAUCAAAAAAUGCACUCAUUUAUUUACCUAACAAAUAAUGUUAUAAAUUUGCACUCAAAAAACAAAUUGCAUUAAUUAAAUACCUCUUUGUUUGUCUCACUUAUAUGUUGUGAUUUCCUAUGAGAUUUGAUUAGAUGAAUCUUUUUGAAGCUAAAAUGGAGUUUAACAAAUACUGUUGAGAGAUGACUGUCUCCUUUUGAAUAUGUAAGAUUUUGAAGUUGUAACUUUUAAGGUUUUUAUGCUGUUUUUUCUUAAAUUAUUACAGAAUGAGAAGAAAACCAAAAAAUCUAUGUCAUGGAUUUAUUGAUUUUUCUGAAUCUAGUGUUCUUUGAGAUACUUUUUCUAUAUUGAAUGAUGAGGCUCAUAUUUUGAAUGUACUCCUGCAUGUGAACCAUACUCUUUUUAUGCAAUAUUUUUUCAUCAGUAGAGUGUAGUAUAUUGUACACAGUGGGUCUUUAAUAAAUAUUGAUUUGAUUAACUCUUAGAAAUAAACAUGAUAUAAUACCUGUGAAUGAAGAAAUAUUUUCAGCUUGUACGGAAUGACACUACCUUCUCCUUUGAGCAUUGGAAGUGCCUCUAAUUGUCAUUUCUCAUGGGGACAUCUAUCAGCCACUACUUCCAUUCUGGGCUUUUGCCCUUCAGAACACUGGGCUUACAUGGUUAUGAGCAUGAAAUUUUACUUCUAACCAACUUUUACAUAUUUGUGCAAUGCAUGAUUUUUUUCUUUUUGUUAGAGCUGAGUCCAUAAUUUUAAUUACUUUAAAUGGGCAGUGAUUUUUUUUUUUUUUUAAAAGGGAAGGAGCAUGUGUAUGUGUGACACUGCUCCAUGUACAGGUCCCUGAGCAAUGGCUCAGUCACUUAUUUUUAGCUUUUCUGUUUCAUUGUUGACUUUCUGCUGUCUGUGGGAAGAGUGAUAGAUAGUGAUGGAUGUGUACAGUCAAAAACGCAUAACUCCUCCUCAUCUCUUCAUUCUGUCAGAUUGUAAACGUAGGCUGUAACAUUUGAGGAGCAUAUUUAUUCCAUACAGUGUGGAAUGGUUAUCCUGACAAGACCAGACAAGGGCGCAGGGUAACUCUACUAUGAUUUCUAAUUCUAACUUUUGAAAGAAUUGCUUUCAUAUGCAAGAAUCAGAAUGAGCAAAAUCAAUUCAUAAUUUUUCAGGGCAUGGAGGUUUUAUAGAUAACACUUCAGUUAUUGGGAAUAAGUAAUAAAACCAUGCUCCUUUAGGUUUUUGCUCUACCUGCCCCUGGAAGACCUCAAAGUGCUUCUCUGACAUGAUAUCCAUGAACUGCUGAGUGGUCUUCGCAGUGUGACUGUGUCCUCAAGUAGAACUGAGUGCGAUUGAUGAAAUCGUGGCACAAAGAGUUGGCUUUUCACAUCCUUACUCCCUUUAUGCGCCUGUGUUUAAAGGGAAACAGAGCAGCCGUGUGAUGCUUUCCUUUAUGCAGUAACAUAAAAGCAGCAUUCACAUAAAAAUUUACAUCUGAAAAAAAGCUGCAUAUAUUGGACAGCCCUGGGUCCUCCCUCAUAUUUUCCCCAUCUAUGCUGUUCUGCACUCCUUGACUCCCAUGUACCGAAGAAUCACCUGUGCUUCAUUUCCUGCUGCCCUAACCCACCCAUCUUUCAGGGUAUUUGGCUGGCAUGUGGACAGUAUCCUUGUGUGUUUGAUCUGCUUUCUAGUAGUCUGCUUAUAAUAGUUUUACAGGGAUGUGCAGCAUUUUAAAGGGAAGGGAUACUUGCUACUCGCCAUGGAGGAGGCAUGUGCAUCUUGAAUGGGCAUCAUCAUAUUCCUUAAAACUGAUGGUAUAAAUAUAAAAUGCUAAUGACAAGAGACAUUAAAAUAUGAAGCUGAAUGUUUUUACAUUAAUUUCAGGUUCUGGUUUAGUGAGAUCUCUGAGUUUUGUGCACUUAAACUCCCUUAUUUUCUUGGCAAAGUCUAGAUGCAAUGCAUUUAACAUGUUUUUCACUCACGCUUUUAUAUCUACAUUUGCUUUUCAAAGGAGUUAUGAAAGAUAAUUAGUUGGAUCUGCAGUGAAAGGACUGUUUUGUCUGUUUUAUCUAGCUAAUAAAUAAUACCUCACAGGGACAUUGGAAAUUGAAGGAGCACCCAGGUUUGUUGCUUGUGUGGUUCUCUCCAUGGAUUUUCCUGAAGAGAAUGCUUUUUAACUAAUAUUGUGGAAGGUAAAUAAUGUGCUAGGUUUAUGGGACUCUGCUUUAUAGUGUGCCUUCUUUCCUGGCAUGGGUUUACACUGAAUUCACAAGUGCUGGUUUCACCAAUCCCAGUGGCGGCUCUUGUGCUCCUGACCCCCUCUCGCUAUUGUUGAUUUGUUAAAUGGGCCAUUCACCAGGCAGCCUGGCACCUGCUCUCAAUUCUGUCUCCUUCGCUGGCUCCCAGUGUGACGCACGUUUGUUUUGGACCCUGCUUUUGCUGAUAUUGCAUAACUGGGAGAGGAACUCUUGCCUUUCUUAACAGAAUUUGUAAUUCCUUUGCAUCUAUUUUGCUUGGCAUUCUACCUGCAUACAAUUUGAGAAAGAAUCCUCACCACGAUGGCAAGAGGAACCGCGGGUAGCGCUGCGUUGUCGUUCACUUUCCGCACCAUUCACCCUGCUCCUCCUUCAAAGACUGUAGCUGAAUGACCUCAGUUGUUGAUAUUCUCUGUCAUACUAGGUGUCACAGCAAGGCUGAAACACAGCCUCUGCCUUUGUAACUUGUAACUUUCACAAUAUUUUGCAAAUUAUUAUUAUUGGUCAAUCAUAGUCUUGAUCAACCACUGUGCUUUACAUCCUCGCUUUACUAAAUGGUCUUCUCUACGAACCAAAACUCUUUGCAAGUAAAGUGUUAAUUAAGGAAAAACUACCACCAGGCUAACUGACAGUGUUUCUCUGAUGGCCAAUGAAUUAAUUACAUUAAUGUCUCAGUAUGGACACUGACCCCUACUUUCCCCCAAGUCUGGUGGCCCUUUUGCAGGACAGGACACCGCACAUUAAGAUUGGAAAUGUGAGCAGGAAAGCAUUAUUUGUAGAUGACAUAAAGCCAAGAAGAGGCAAAUACUUUAAUAAUAAAAAGCAGGACUAGAAAAUACUUGUAAUACUUUUUUUUUUUUACCUUUGAGGGAACUGUGGCUAAAAGAUAUUCCAUUCUAUCUUGUCCUCAAUAAAAGUAAAUGAAAGAUAAUCCUGAGAUGGCUAAAGCAUUUUUAUUAAAAAAUAAUUCAGUUGUUUCUAAAGUAAAAAGCUAAACAAAACUAUAAAAAAAUCACAUAGUGUGUGCAUGGAAGGAUUAGAGAACAGAUAAGUACCUGGAUACUUGUAGCAACUGCCAGCAUGUAUCCCAGAAGAGUAAUUAAUAAGUGGAAGACAUUUCAGGUUGAGUAGCUGUCCUCUUUUCACACUUGUGGAAUUCUGGAAAAUCUUUACAGAUGGCAGAAAUGAAACUGCUCUAACAUGGCUUGGAGAGGUUGGCACAGGCUGUUGCGGUCUGAGUCUGGGUUUGGAUGGAGCUCGGCUCACUGUGUGGCCUUAAGAAAAUAAGUCAGUCUGUGUCCCUGUUUCUUGAACUGGAAAAUGAAAAUAAUGCCUACCUCAUAAGGUUUUUAGUUUUUAUUUUAAAGAAGACAUUGAGGAAAUAACAGCAUAGACCCUGGUAUAUCAUAAGCGUUUAAUAUUGUCCCUCACAAUCAUGGUUAAAAAAAGAAAAAAUCAUUGAAGCUUUGCUUCUCUUUCCAAUGAAAAGCAGAAACUAUUUCCAGAUACCUUAAAAAGGACAAGCUCAUGAAACUACUCUGAUUUUGUAAAGGAAGGAAGUUUUUUUUGGAGGGGCAAUCUAAACAGAGAAAAGCCAGGCAUGUGGAGGAAACUGAGUCAGUACAUCCCAAUAGCCAAAUAUGUGUCUUUUCUUCCCUUCAUUUAGAGGGGUGCUGGUGUACACCUCUUGAUAGAGGGUUUUCCUCAGCCCCAGCUCUUCUCUACUAUUCAUCCAUGAGCAGAACACCUGUUCCCACUAAGAGCUGGUCCAGAUGCCAACUUGAGUAGUUAUUUAAACUUUGAUUUGAAAAGGUACACUUCUGUGGCACUUUUAAGAAACAUAACAUUAUAUAGGGUCUGUAUCACAUAUUCUCAUUAUGUCCUCGCAGGCAAAAAGUUUUAAAUAUCUAAUAAUAUAGCUAUCAAAACUUAUCUACUAGACUGGAAAGUUCUGUUCUGGACCAGUUAUUUAUCACUGUUUCCCUUAAGAGGUUAACAUGAAAGAACUUCUGUCAGAGCUGAUACUUCUUUUCAAAAAUAGAUUUUUAAGAACUAGAAGAAAGCAUGCUCAGUUCCUCUUAAGUAUUCAACCCUUGAGGAAAUGGGAGCAUUUCCUGAGAAUUAGGAAAAAUCUUGCAGACAUUCGAUUUGGAGAAGUGGAUGGCAACCAACUGCCUCAAGUUGACUGUAGCCAGGUGCUGGGCACCAGUGGGUGCUUCCUGUGGGGUGGGGAGGCGUGAGGGUACAUUCCCAACAUUGCCGCAAUGCUGACUCAAGUUCCUGGCUUCCAAAAUCAAGAGAAACAUGAAAAAUUGGGGAAUAGUCACUUAACUAGGAGUUUUCAUUGGACUAAUUCAACAUGGAAAGAAAUUAAAGGAUUGUGAAGGAGUGGAGUGAUUUCUUGUGACAAUCAUCAAGAGUGAAGAGCAUGCUUACCAAGAGGUUGGCUCUCUCCUCCUCUUCAUCUUGUGAACAGAAUCCCAGCUUCUUCCUAGAUCAAGUCAGGAGGGCUUAACUUAGAUAUAACAAGAAUUGUAUGAUGGUGGUUUUGCAUUAACUCAGAAUGUAGCCAUUGGUAUUCUUUGUGUUGAGCCCCAGGCUAUUUGGGUCAGCAGAGGAUUUAAAAUCUUUCUGCAGGGCUGUGACUACACAUUGAAGCAGUUAGUCAUCAUAGUACAAACAGCAAUGCUUACCAACAAUUGUUAAAUUAGUCUAAUUACAUGCCAUAAAAAGUGCAGUUCCUUGUUAUGGGUUAUUGGGAGGUGAAACAUAUUGGUUGCACUUAUUGGAGAGAGUGUGUCAGAAGCCUGGCACUUAAAGUGAGGCUUGGUCACCUGGAAGGGGGGAAUUGCCAUGGGAGAUCACAGAAUUGUCCCCAUGGAAGUCUUUUAAAAUAGAAAAGUGUGCACGAGGUGUGGGCUCUGUGUAAAGGAGAAAAGGAGACCUCCCAGGAAGAUAACUCAUAAAAUUUCUUCUAAGUGUAAUGUGUAUGUAACCCACAAACAGGAUCAAUAGUCAAAGGUUAGGCCUCUUCUCUUCCCUGUUAGACUUUUUUUCCACGUUGAUUAUUCUCUUCAUCACAGAAGGCUUUCCCUGGGGAGCCCGGAACGGCUAUGUUUCGGUGACUUUGGGGAUGCCCGCGGGCUCCAAGUGAAUUUCCUCUCCUAUGGUGCUUUCACUGCUUUUGUUUCCCUUGGGUCACAAAGCAGGAUCCUAGACACAUAGACAAUAAUCAGCUGUAUUUAUAGUCACUCUGGAACCUGUGAAACAGCUUGAGGCUUUAUAGAACGAACUCCGAGGCCGUUGUGGAGGUGUGUGGAUGUUCUUAGAAUAAAACCACUGCUUAAUAUAUCUAACUGCUCUCCAGUGCUCACUCGUGGCUGCCUGCAGGUGUCUCAAUGGGAGUUCUCACUUCAUGCCUUUGAGCCACUGUCCUCCCAAUUCUACCUUCCAGAAGAUAAGGCUGCUUUCCCAUUUGGUACCCCCUUAUUUAUGCAUUGUUUUUGUUUGCUUCAUUUUCCACUUAAAUAUUUACUUGUUUUUUAAAAUUGCCUUUAUACAAAAUUUACUUAUUCAAAAGACAUCAAGUAUGUUAUAUCCCAGAAUCUAGGCUAGGGCCUGGAGAAUAGCAGAUGAAUAACAUACUUUGAGGUCAACACCAUUUUUGUUUCUUAAUAGUCCUUUAAAAACAACAACAGCAACUAGAUUCUGAUAAAAGCUGCAGGUAAAGAAUAAGGUCUUUUAUUAUCCCUUAAAUUAUUUUUGGGUCAAUAUAUUUUGUAAUGGUCUCUUUCCCCAGAAUUGAAAGGAAAUGAACUUAAGGAAAUUAGAAGUUAUUAUUUUGCCUUUCCUUAAGAAAUAUACUGUGUCAGUCUAUACUUCUCUUCAAAAUAAAUGGGUAUGUCUAAUGUCUGAGGGAAGAAUGGCAGCCACCAUCCUAGUGAUGAAAGGAGUUCUAGCAUGAAGUAGAAGCUAGGUACUUACUAUUUUCUACUUUUAUUAUUGAAUGUUGAAUGGCUUUUGCAAAGCAGUAAGUUAGAUCCUGGAAUAUUAGAUCUGUACAAACAAGCAUGAUACAAUUUUUAUAAGCUCUGUGUUUUAGUGGUUGGAAUGCCUUUUGCUUUAGAAAGAGUGAACUGGAGACAGUAGUUAGCAGGUAAAGGGGUGAUGGUAUGAACAAAAAUGCCUGCUUACCCCUCUAUUCCUCUUGAUUAAACGUUGUCUUAGAUAUUAUAAACUAAUAUCCCUAAAGAAUGACUUAACAUCACUAUCAGGAGUGUCUUUACCUGGGGGAUGGAAUUCUAAUUCUUUUCUAGUCUCAAUUUUAAAUCAGUUUGAAUCUAACUCUUAAUUAUUUCAAGUUUAUAAUAGGAGAUAACAGGAGUUUUUCCCAAUAGAUUUAAUGCUUAUAAUUCUUGUCAUUGUAAUAACCUAUAUCAAAUAUCUAUGGAACACAUCUCAAUCCAUGUAAGUUAAGUCAGAAUCUUCUGUGACCUAACAUUUUUUACUGAAGACAUCCCUUUAGUGUUGCCUGGUGGAUGGCACCUAAUAAUAAAGUUCACAUCUUGUAUGUGGUAAAGCCCUUGAUAUCUGGGAAAAGGUAGCGAAGUGAAUGACUACCCAAACAAAACUCUGAUGGUGAGGAACAUGUAUAUUAAGUGAACAGUAUUUCCACUUGUUAUUCUGUAUACUAGAAUCAAUUCUAGGGUGUCAUAUGUCUCAAGAAUUUCCUUGUGAAAACCCUAUAACUAGCACCGUAGGUAAAGCUGACUAAUUUUUCCCUAUUUCCUUGUGUGGCGUGAUAAUCUUUAAGUCACAGCUACACCAAAUGAUAACAUGGUCUUUUACUGUGCAUCAUCCUAAUGCAGCUACAAAUUAAAUUUUAUUAUUACAAAGUAGAAAGUCAUUUCCAGAAUUAAAAAUUUUAAUUUUAUUGCAGAUUAUUGUUUUGUUAGUGAAUAGGAAUUAGUACUUGCAUACUUUACUGUGACUGAAACAUUUCUGCAGCAAUGUUUAUGGGAGUAAGAUUUGACUUCCAUUUUCAGGAAAAAGCAUCAUGAUCUUUGGGAUCUAUUUACUCUUCAAAAAGUAAAUAAACAAUGAUUAGGUUCACAAUCAAAAUAAGCAGAAAAUAUUGAGUGUUGCCUUCUAGUCCCAGUGCCCUGACUUGCACCCCUUCAUUUCCCCACACCAUUGACUUGACAUCUGGGUGGGAGCUUGAUGAACCCACAAUGGUGACAUCAUUAUCACCCGAAGUCCAUCGUUUGCAUUAGGGCUCACUCUUGGUGAUCAUUACCCCAAGCCCUCUGCACUCUCCAUCUUCAUUCCCCCACCCCAUAAUCCUUGGCAACCAGUGAUCUUUUUAUUGUUUCCAUAGUUUUGCCUUUUUCAGAAUGUCAUAUGGUUGGAAUCAUAUAGAAUAUAGAUUUUUCAGAUUGGCUUCUCCUUGUCUUUUCAUGGUUCGAUAGCUCAUUUGUUUUUAGCAUUGAAUAAUGUCCCAUUGUCUGAAUGUAUCAGUUUAUUAUCUGUCUUAUUUCUAGUUUUAAUUGCUAUGGUAUGUUUUUCAAUGUGCAUAUUCUCAAGAAAAACAGAUGGAUUAAUUGAUAUGAUUCAUCAACUAUAAUUUAGCAGCUUCCAAUCUGGAGUCAGUUCCACCUAUGAUACUGGACUGGUUUUACAUUUGAGUGGAAUAUUCAUGUGAACUAGCACAGUCUUUCAUAAUUUAUGUUAACCUAUCUAAGCUUUCCCCCUCUCUGUUGGAAUCUCAACAAAGUUCUGAUGGCCAUGUGAUGAUGAUCUCCAAAUUUAGCAACUCUAUAGUGUUAUCUCUUGUGGAAAAAUGAUUUAAAUAUACAUUGAUUAAAAAGUGCUAAUUAUGUUAUUACUGAUUCAUGAUAGAAAACCACCUUCUGUUACUAGUGUAUGUGACUUUACAUUUACCGCUGGUGCCAAAAGAAAGGAAGCUUUGUGAUCACACACUGUCAUAGCCAAUUAAUUGUACAAAUAAACUGAAAGUGGUGUCUAAGCAUGUGGGUCAUACAGCAACUCUACAUUAUAAAUGGAAGGAUGACCCAUGACAAUGCGCAGACUAAAUGAGCAAGUGUGGAUGUUGGAGGGACAGUGUUGGUAGUCACUUUGGGUGAAUGAGGAUGAGCAAGAUGCAGUAAAAUUGUUGACAUUUAUAUGUGGACUGACUGCCUUUUGUGUUAUAGCUGCAGUGACCUGUGGUACCUAGCAUUACUGCAGAGAUGAGUGUAUGGCUGUGGAAAAAAAUAUUGGUUUAAAUGAGAAUUAAUGAGGCUGAUAGUCUAGUAACAGGUCUUCCCCUAAUUAGUUCUAAAAUGAAUGUCAAGUCACAGGUUCUUCAGGCCUUUAUUUUGCAUCCAUUUUGUACCAAGGUCAUAGGUAUGACAAGGUAACAGAUGGGAAAACAUUUUGCAGAAGAGUUUUUGAGGACUUAAAGGUAUUUAAUUAUUUUUAUGUUAAAAUCAAGUCAGUUCUUUAUGUUACUGUAGGAAAGGAAUCCACACUUUCAGGUCUUUGCCAACCAUUGUGCUUUAUUCAUACAUCAGUAAUUUGACUAAAAGUUACAUUUGGAAUGUCAUUUUUGUCUCUGUGAAGAUAGGUUUUAAUUCUUUUGUUCAGACCCCCCAACCAUAGAACAAAUUACAAAUCCAUCUUUUCAGCAGGCUUUCCAGUCCUUGAGUUGAACACAUACCUUUCUUCUUUAGAAUAAAUUAACUUUGAGUACAAGAGAAAUAUUACAUUGAAUAGCAUUUUUUUUUCAUAAAGUAGGAUUUUAAUACAGUAUUGGUAAAAUGUAUCUCACCCCCCAAAAGGCCUUUCAGUCUCCAUUAUUAUUCUUCUUUUGAAGAAUCUAUCUUUUCCAUCCCUUCCCUCUUAAGUGAUUUUUCUCAUAAUCAUUUUCUUCCUGAGUACCAUUUAUUAUCUCACAGAAAAAAAAAAGCAGAGACUUAAAAAAUCAUUUUCAAGGUACAUCCAAGAUUUCAUAGCAAUAUUUUGUGUUCACAGUGCAAGAUAAAUCUGACUCUUUCUUGAUUUUUUGGUCUUCAUAUGGCAUCCGAAACAGUUGUUCGCAUUCACACAUUUAUGUUCCACCAUAUGCAUACUGUGUGCAACUCUGUUGUUUUAAAAUAUUUUAUUGGUUCUCCUUUUUAUCUCAACUUUUGAUGGGUGUCCUUGAAGAACUUGCAUGAAAAAAAUGUAAAUGUGAAUGAUUCAUUCAUUUUGAACAUAUGUAACUAUUUUGGGGAAAUCUUACCCUACAUGGAGCAUCCUGUUUUUACCGAGGAGCGUGAUUUGUACUUCUGUUCUAAUCACAGCUGGAUGCUGGGAAUUAUUAAUAUUGCAAACCUGUACUUUUUGUAUUCUAUGUUUACUUUAAUGAGUUAUUUAUGUGUACUUGACUGUUCUGAAUUUUUGGUGGUUGUGAAGGUGGUCAGCAGUUUUAUGAAUUUCACUUGUGCAGACAGCUCAAUGUAACAUGGUUUAGUAUAAAACCCAGUUGUUCUUCAGAUUUCUAAGUCACUAGAAGUCAUUCUUGGGCAAAAUCAUUGUUCAAGGUCAGAUUUGUCAAGUGUAAGGUAGGAGCUUCCCAAACCUCUCCCACUGCUUCCUGGGCAUUUGCAGGCCUGGUUGCUGUCUAUUUCUUCCUUGCAAGUUUUCCAGCAGGGAAUCCCUGGGUGGUCCAGAGAUUCAAGAAAGAAACAUAAAGCCUCCUCCAAAGAGUUGAGCCUUUUUUUUUUUUUUUUUUUUUAAAGCAACUUCUGAAAAUCUCCAGAGCAUUUCAUGGAAGUGUCCUUGUGUUUCUCGCCAUAUGACUUACUGACUUCUGCUGUCUCCUCUUUAAGAAGCAUGAAUGUAUCUUCUUGCUGUUAUCAGAGCAAACAGCUAUAAAAUGCAAUGGCCAACCUGUUUCUAAAAUUACUUUUACCAGUAACUAAUCAGCAUGUGGGAAAAGGUUUGGAAAAUUUUUAAAUUGUUACACUUAAAAUCCAGAGUACCUCUCUACCUUUUGUAAUGUUCAAAAUUUCAUAAUGCUGGUUUCAGUGUGUCACUGUUGCACUGUUAUGUCUUGUGUUUUAACUGGGCAAGUCAGUGAAAUAAACUCCUGUUAGAAAAACCCUUUGAAACUAUGUUAGAACAUAAAAAGUUGUUUACCUGUGAUAAAGAAUAAGUACAUGAUUAGAAAAAUUAUACUGUUUUUCUUGUGCAAAUAACGCUUAAGGCAGUUCGGUCUCACAGUGAUGUUGGAAGCAUAUUUUAUGCAGCCUAAAAACUAUUUCUGUAUUAGAUAUUUAAAUGCAUGAGGAUACAUUCUAAUUGCUUUUUGUUUAAAACAGAAACAUAGAAGAAGCAUUAGUCCCAGUUUGUACAAAAUGUCUACUGCAACUGAACUCAUGGUAGUUUGAAGCUGAAAAUCAUUCCUUUUUGUAAAACUGCUGCUACUGGUUUUAUCAAUAAAGUUUAAGCAG